UUUACCCAGCAGAAACAACGGAGCAAAGGACUACGAAAGAAAACUCGGGUCGCUUUCAGAGGCGCUGCUGCAAUAAGAAAAUUGCUGUUCUUUUUUAUUAUUAAUAACAAAUAAUCAUUAGCAGAUUCUUCUGCAUUUUCGCCGCGCGCGAUGACGAAGCUCCUCCGACCUGUUAUCGCGCCCGCUAGGUUGACGUCAGGUAGAGAACUCGAGUGCGCUUUGGUGAUUGGGCUGGACUCGGCCAAUGGGUGGAAAUCCGGAAGUAGCAAAGUGGAAGUGAGAGGCAUGCAACCGUGGGAAGCGGUUUGAUCGCCCAGCAGAGCCAUGAGUAGCUUCGGGGGUAGGAUGCGGGAGUAUCCGUCGCUCUCCAUAGACCGCUUCGAUCGAGACAACCUCCGAGCCCGCGCUUACUUCCUAUCCCAUUGCCACAAGGAUCAUAUGAAAGGACUCAGAGCUCCUGCACUGAAAAGAAGGUUAGCAUGCAGCCUGAAAGUUUGUUUGUACUGUUCUCCUGUGACGAGGGAAUUGCUACUGACUAAUCCAAAAUACAAGUUCUGGGAGAACCACAUUGUUUCUCUGGAAGUUGAAACGCCAACUCAGAUUUCUCUUGUUGAGGAAGCCUCUGGUGAGAAAGAAGAUAUAGUGGUGACACUGCUGCCAGCCGGCCACUGCCCCGGAUCAGUCAUGUUUCUGUUUCAAGGUGAAAAAGGCACUGUGCUCUACACAGGGGACUUCAGGCUUGCGAAAGGAGAAGCAGCCAGAAUGGAACUUUUGCAUUCAGGGAACAGAGUGAAAGACAUCCAGAGCGUGUAUUUAGAUACUACUUUCUGUGAUCCCAAAUUUUAUCAGAUACCGAGCAGGGAGGAAUGUAUGAAAGGUAUCUUGGAGUUGGUGCGAAGCUGGAUCACUCUAAGUGUCUAUCAUGUGGUCUGGCUGAACUGCAAAGCAGCUUAUGGCUAUGAAUAUUUAUUCACAAACCUAAGCGAGGAGCUGGGUGUCAGGGUGCAUGUGAACAAACUAGACAUGUUUCAAAACAUGCCUGAAAUCCUCUCCCACAUGACCUUGGAUCGGCACACUCAGAUCCACGCCUGUCGCCAUCCACGUGAUGAUGAAUGGUUUCGAGGGAACAGGCUUCCCUGUGGAAUGACUUCCCGGGAUGGGAGGCGCCUGCACAUCAUUAGCAUCAAGCCGUCAACAAUGUGGUUUGGAGAAAGGACACGGAAAACCAAUGUAAUAGUCAGGAUUGGGGAGAGUUCAUACAGAGCUUGCUUUUCAUUUCACUCUUCUUACAGUGAGAUCCAGGACUUUUUGAACUACAUUCAGCCAGUGAAUGUGUAUCCCAAUGUAAUUCCAGUAAAGACAACGGAGGACAAACUUAGAGAAAUCUUAAAGCCAUUCUGCAGAUCAUACAGCCAAAACCAUGAGUCAAUCUACAAGCCACUUGGAGCACUGAAGAGAUGUAAAGCAGUGUAUUCAGCAGAUAGGGAUGAUGACAAUGGUGAUGAACUGUUUGACGCAGAUUUGGUUUCUAGUGGACACAAGAUUCCUAAACUGGAGCCAGAGUCUGUGUCCUUGCAGAAUCAACCUCCUCCUGAAAACUCUCAGGAGAACACUCAGGCAACAAACUACAAGGCAACUGCCACGCCUACAUCUUUCCAGGUGGAUUUUGUAGAGUGUGAGGAAUCCAAUGAUGAAGGUGAGGAAGAGGAGGAGGAAGAGGAAACUGGGAAAAAGAGAGUUCUAGCUGAAGUUCCACCUCAUGCUGCAGACUCCACUACUGCCUUGAAGGAUCUUGUAGGAUUGGUUCCUUUAGUGCCUGCCUGUGAGCAAAGAGGGGCCCGGCAAGAGGCUAACAAGGUGCUGCCAAAAUGGGAUGCCUUCUUUAAGCGAACUGUGGAAGAUUCAGAUGCCUCCGAACACGAAGACUCCUGUUUGCCUACCACAGAUUCAGGCGAACCCCAGUCCCCACGUCUGUUCAGCGAUGAGGAAGAAUUUAGCGACUCAACUCACAUUUCUUCCCAAACUUCUUCUCAGUCCACCCACAUUUCCGAACAAGGCAGUCAGGGCUGGGAAAGCCAGGGGGAUACCAUUCUCAUCUCCUCUCAAGAGCAAAAGAAGCUUGAUUUUAGCUCUCUUAAGAGGGCAGAAGGCAGAGACAUGUUCUACACCUCUCAUUGCUCUACUGGGGAAAACAGAACAGGCACACAGAGCUGCAUACCUUUGGACUAUGGCACAUCUUGUAUAAAGGACUUUAAUGGUGAAUGUAGUGCCAGAGCCCAGGAGGGGGCUACAGCAGUGCCUACUUUGAGAAACUCUGUGCAGCUUCAGUCAAUUAGUGAGAGGGGCAGCUUCCAAGAGAGGUCAGUGGCACUCAGUCAUGAGGCCCACACAAGCUUUCAGACCUCUUCGGACUUUGAAAUCCCUUCUAGCCUUGACACAAAGGUCUCCGAGCCAAACAAAUUGUGUAGCUGAUGCACAAGAGGGGAAGUGCUGCAUUGAUUGGGGGGGGGGGGGGGUAGGAAGGGGUUGACUGUCAACUUGUUUCUGUUAUUAGUAGAGAAGUCCUUUUGAAUCUCGUCACACUAGUGACCCAUGCUUAAUUUAAACUGGUACACUGAAGCUGUCUCGUUAACUGAACUUUUCUGUUUUUCUGCUGUGCAUUCCAAGUUGCUCUUUGCUUUUACAAUCAGUGUUGGAAAAUUUAGCCAGUGCUGCAUAAUUCACUUGUCUUGUUUUAUGUUUCCAAACUAUAGGAUAGCUACAGCAAAAGUCAAUGUUAAGCAAAUAUGUAGUUGACAGUGCAAUUUCACAGAAUGACAGAAGAGUUGAAGUAACAGGUUUUACCUUUUAUAAAAUUAUCUUUUUAAAAAAAUAUAUCUAGAUGUUCAAUGGUGGUUUCCCGCUGUUCCUACUGCAGCCCUCACAGGAGCCCAGUAAUACUGAAUAGUGGCAGCAGGUUGAUUGUUAUUCAAUGUGACCUGAGGCCAUGUUCUCACAUGGUCCACUCUUUUUCCUGGCUUUCACAGCUUGUAUAUUGUUGUACAUUCUUUAAAACUGAAUAGGUUACUGAUGAAGGCAGAAUCAAAACCUUUACAGUGCUGUCUGUCUUGCUUAUAAAUUCCAGGGGGUGAAGGGAGGCAGCACAUCCUCCUAGGCUUUUACUGAAUGCAGUAUUUAGAGGGGCUUAUUAUUUAGUCACACAUGUGGCUGUAGGAUUUAAUCAUAUUCCACAUGAUUUGAAAAUAGCCAUAAAGGCUGAUGAAUAGCCACCCCCUUUCUGCUGGCUUAAAGGGCAUGCAAGGAAACAAAGAUGGAUAUGAGAGGAAGUAAUAGAGAAUUUUUACUUUAUUGUCACUUAGUUGUAACACCAGUUCUAAUAACACAACUCACAUCCUUCGGUCAGCCUUUCUGAAGCUAUGUCUUUAGCAGCCUGGCUUAAUGUUGGCCUCCGGUUUCUCUUUCUGGUUUCCAGCAGGCCUCAGGCCACCAACACUGGUAAUGUUUACAGUUCUAGGUUUGUAUUCAUUUCCCCUGAAGCAAUUUGCAAAACUGCCAGAAAUGUCAUUAUCAUGUAAUGAUGUUGUAGAAUGGUAAUUACCAGCUGGAAUGGAGAGAGAGAAUGAGCUAGAAUAGAAGAAAAUGUUGCUGCUGCAGGUGAGGAAUAUUAGUUUAGCUGAUGAAGGACAUUACAGGAUGGCUGCUUUUUCCAAUCAACCUGCCUGUCUUCCUCCCACAUGACUUGUGCUAGGAAAAACCUUUUUAAUGGUUUGGCAGGAAACUACCCAGUGAGAGCUGGCUUUGAAAUACAGCUGUUGGAUUCAAGGAGGGACAGGGAGAACAUUAAAAGGUUUUAUGGAAAAUCUAGUCUAAGGACUACCCAAUUUUCCUGUUCCUUCUUGAAUCUGAACUUCAUGGGAAUUUAUGCAGAUACUACCUUUCAAAGUCAGGUGCCAGUGGUGAGUCACAAUUGUGUACUUAAUUCCUUGCAAAUCCUUUUGUAGUUGCACAAGAAUGGUAUGAAGUUAGGAGCCACUGUCAUGACAACCAUCACCCCACCACAAAACAACAAAAAGAUUUUUGGUACAAGAAUCUCGGUGUGGCUGUGCUGGAGCUUGCCCCACACUUGGCAGACUUGGCAAGAAGUAGCUCAGAGAGAACUGAACAGGCUGCCAGUGAGGAAAGCAAUCUGACUCUAAGCACAAAAAACUAGAACAGGCUGUUGUCCACCUGGGAGGAACAAAAGAGCUUGGAGUAGCCCACACCUGCAGCAAGGGCAGCAGGAUAGAUAAUGGGGUGGUGACAGAAUGGAGCCAGGAGUGAAAACGUGUAUAGGUACCCUUAGGUUUUUCUGAUACCACUAGGAAAAAUAUGCACACUCAGCCUAGGCCCGUGGUGGCGAACCUUUGGCACUCCAGAUGUUAUGGACUACAAUUCCCAUCAGCCCCUGCCAGCGGGCCUAGGAGAAAGUAUAGACACUGGAGAGUCUUCACCUGUGUAGCUUACCUAACCUGGGCAGGGGCAGACUGAAAGUUCAGCAGAUCCCAUGCCAAAGGCCAAUGAGGCCUGAAGAGGGCACUCAUAAGUCAUAUCAAGGAUGAAGUAGUAAAAAAUUCAAGUAUUUUAUUAAUACUCCCUUAUACAAGUGUUGAUGCAUGUUGCUAAUGAAAUAAAUCCAUUUUGACAGUACCAGAAA